AUGGAAGUUGACCCCAUCUCCGCCUAUUACGACUCUGACACAGGGGAACACGAAGAGAGGAGAAGAAGGGAACAAAAGAGACGGGAGGGAGGAGAUGAACUAGAAAGAACGCCGUUAGCGGAGACCAAUCCCCAGGAAAUCGCGAGGGAAGAAAUAGAUCUGAAUGAAACAGCCAGGAAGCAAGGCCUCAUUAAUGAUGAGGAAUUUGAAGCGCUUUUAAGCGAAGUGACUAGGAUGGAUGAUGACACUGCCACGAUGGCUGAGGGUAUGGACCUCGCAUCGGGGGCAGUAGGAAAGAGUGAGGAAACCAGAACAGAGGCGGGGGGAAGUGAUGCGCAGAUUGAGGAAGAGGAAACAGCAGCAAGAACAGAGGUACCGGUACCAGCGGCACCGCCAGUGUUAAAACCGAAGGCCGUCAAGCAGAAGUUAGUGUUGAAGAACGACCCCAAGGCAGUACGACCAAAACCGAAGAGAGUAUCGCAGAGACGCCUAGGAAAAUGGGCAUCUAGCAAGGCGAGGGCAAACACAACAAAAGAUCCAGUGGUGAUUUUAAGCGAAGAAGAACAGAGCACUUCCACAAAACCUGGGGAGGAGUCCUUAUCUGCUACUGACUUGCAGCAUACUGCUAUGGAAACCGAAGUGGUCUCCCCAAUGCCGAGUGACAAGGGAGAUGAGAUUGAGCAGGUGGCUGAGGGUCUGGACCUCGCACCUCAGUCAGUAGGUCAUGUCGAGCAAAGAGACGACCGUACACGUAUCCGCGUAGAGACCCGCCCUACUGCCGAGGACCAGCCUUCAACACAAGCUGGAAAGAAACCGGAAGACAAGCCUAAUAGUGACGAGGACCAGCCUUCAACACAAGCUGGAAAGAAAUCGGAAGACAAGCCUGAUAGUGACGAGGACAGGUACCAAGAGGAGAGGAAACGAAAGGGGAAAGCCCCUGUCAAGAGAAAGCCAAGCACCAAGAGACAGCGCACAAGCAACAUAGGCUCGUUAUCACAGAUCCAGCUCAGAGAACCACACCGCACCACCAGGAAGCAAGCGACAGUGACUAUGCCGUUAGUGAAGAGUCUGACUCCGACAGUAACAUUUCCUUGGAGGAUGAGGAGUGCAGAGAACAACAGCUCCCGCACAAUCACCAGGAGCUAUUACAUCCCCCAUCAGAGAGAUUGA